AUGGAUGAUAAUUCCCAAAAGCUAAUAGAUGAAUACCAAGCGAAGCAAAUAAUCGACUUAAGUGCAGAGAAAAAUUUUAUUCCUACAUCAGAAAGUAAAAAUCAAACAGUGGAAGAUAAAACGCUGAAGCUUCAAGACGACACAAUGUCGAAUAAUGAAAGCAUAGAAUUUUUGGCGAAUCACGAUGAAAUUGCCAAUAAAGAUGAUAAAAGCUUUCUAGAAAAAUCUGUAUACACAUCAGAUGAAGGAACAGCAAACGAGUUAAUGAAAAUUGUUGAAGGAUUUUCUAAAGAUUUUAUUCCAAAUAUCAAAUGA